AAAAUAAGAAACUGCAAGCUUAUUGAUUAUCUAAUAAAAAUUUGAAAGACGUUUUAUGGAGACAAAUACAAUUAGUACCACCAUAGCUCAUUUCUUCCCCUAUAAAUAACAACUGAUCUUAGUAUUGUUCAUCACUCAACAACAAACACGAGAAAGAAUCAUAUAUUGGAAUAUUUCAACCAUCUUUUUUUUCAUCAUGGCUUUCAAAAACGUGAUUUUUCUACUGGCGGUUUUAUGCAUUGCACUGUCUGCAAAUGCUCAAUUACCACAAUUUUCGGCACCGUUUCCUUUUCCAUUUUCAUUCCUACCGAGUCCCGGUGUACCAGGAUUACCUGAUAUAACAAAAUGUUUGUCAUCUUUUAUGAAUAUUCCAGGGUGUAUCGCAGAGUUUUCGCAAUCUAUACUCAUUGGAAAGUUCGGAAACAUAGGCCCUGCUUGUUGCAAAGCAAUUUUGGAAGCUGAAACCAAUUGCAUUCCACAACUUCCAUUCAAUCCAUUUUUUCCUCCUAUGCUAAAGGAACAAUGUUCAAAAACUGUUGGCGCACUUCCUCCUACCAAAAAGUAGAAUU